AUGGAUGGCAAGUCUGUUACUGAAAAAUUCCCCGAGAUUAGUAUUAAAAACUCAGAAAUCCCUAAGACAAAUAAAGUUUCAGACUGCAUAAAAGAUCAGUGUUGGAACCUGCUAGAUCCUAUUGACACUUGCACUCAAGAAGCUUGGGAUUAUAUUAAGUCUAAUUAUCAAACCAAUUCUAAUAGAGAUAAGAUCUCCUGGAGGCCUAACCCAAAUGGAAACGUGCUCAGGUACUCUUUCACUACUUGGUUGGCACUUAAUAACAAGCUUAAUACAAAAGAUAAACUUCUUAAAUGGGGGUUUGUCCCUGAUGAUAAAUGUAGUUUCUGUAAUAUAGCCAUUGAGACAACUAGACGCCUUUUCUUUUCCUGUCCUUAUUCUUCUGAGAUUUGGAAGAAAGUUUUAGUGUAUUUGGGAUUUCACAUAAGCCCCGAUUGCUGGAAUAGAGAUGUUAGCUUCUUUACUAGAAGAGGGAGAGGAAAAUUUAAAGCUGCUAAAGCCAGGAAAAUUGGUUUCUCUGCAGCAGUUUACCAAAUUUGUGAUGGCUAUAUUUUGUGUCUGUUCUUUACUGUAGUGCUUUGUCCUUCUUCUGGGGCAUUUGGAGCUAGGCUAGACAGCUUAGGGCCUGAAGUGGCUUAG